AUGGCCGACACAUCCCGGCCAGUUGACCCGGCUGUCAGCAAACUGGAGGAGAAGCAGACCCUAUCCCCAGCCGACGUCGAGGGGACACCCAAGAACCUGACCCCUCUGGAGCUGCUGGAGAGGAUCCGGAGCAGCGAUGACGCCCACCCAAUGCGCUGGCCCUGGUACAAGAAAUGGGCCAUUGUCUCUGUCUACUGUCUUCUUCAGGUCUUCGUGACCUUGACCUCCACCACCUACGUGUCCGUCGAGUUCCUGAUCCAGGAGAAAUGGCCUUCGUCAGCUCAGGUGGUAACCUUGGGCCAGUCGAUGUUCAUCAUCGGAACGGCCGUCGGGCCUGCGUUUCUGGGUCCUCUGUCCGACAUUGGCGGUCGCAAAUGGGUCUAUGUUUUCUCCAUACUCCUUUACGCGAUCCUAAACAUCGGCACGGCUCUGGCCUACAAUUUGCCUAUGCUGAUCAUCUUCUGCUUCCUCAUUGGAGUGGCGGGAUCAGUCGCGCUGAACAAUGUCGCUGGAACCGUCUCGGAUCUCUUUGGGGACGCCGAUGAUGCUGCGCAGCCCAUGGCUCUGUUCGUUCUGAGCGCAAACUUCGGCCCUAGCCUUGGUUCGCCCAUUGGUGAAUGGAUCGCGGAGAACGACUCGCUCGGGUGGCGAUGGAUCUUUUACAUCAAUAUAAUCAUUGGCGGCGCCUUUGCCUUUGUGCUCUGCUUCUUACCCGAAACCCUUCCCCGCAUUGUCAUCACUCGGGAGGUGAAGCGUCGAGGAAGCGUCGAUCAAAAUGCCGUCGAGAUUGCUCUGGCGUCGAGUCGAUUGUCCGUGGCAAGGGAGCUGAAAUUUGUGACCACCAUGGCGUUGAAGAUCAUGGUGACCGAACCCAUUGUGAUCUCGCUUGGGCUGUACAACGGCUUUGCGUACGGCCUGCUCUUUCUCUACCUGGACGGAGUGUUUGGCGUAUUCGUGGUCAACAAUGGACUCAGCUAUAUCGGCGCGUCGCUGACCUAUCUCAACUUUUGCGUUGGGGUCACGGUGACAUUCUGCUUUGUCCCAGUUCAGACCUACUUAUUCCGCCGUGACAGGCUGAGACGUGGGCGGCACCGGCCAGAAGCCCGGUUCCUGACUUCCCUGGUCACAGUGUGGCUAUUCCCCGCGUCGCUAUUCUGGUUUGCAUGGACCUGCGAUGGGUCUGCGUCCUACUGGUCACCCAUCGUUGCCGGCGCUGUCCUUGGCUUCUGCGAUCCGCUCCUCUGGCUCGCUAUGCUGACAUACAUCACCGACUCCUAUCCCAACGUGGCUGCGAGUGCCAUUGCCGCCUUCUUGAUUCCAAGCUUCCUGAUCGCGGCCGGAUGUGCCCAUGCCGGUGUGGCGAUGUUUGCCAACAUGUCUGCCAAGUGGGCAUUCGCCACUCUAGGAUUCAUCAGCAUUGGUUUAGUGUUGUUGGUAUAUGUCCUAUUCUUUUUCGGUCCGAAGCUGCGGUCGUGGAGCAAGUUGGCAAGGAAGUAUUGA